AUGCAGACUGCUUCUACAAACUUUGGUGAAAGACUGUGCAAUAAGCCCAUCUGUGAAAUUUCCUUGCUACUAAAUAUUCCACGGUCAACUGUUAGUGAUAUUAUAACAAAGCGGAGGCAACUGGGGAACAACAGCAACUCAGCCACGAAGUGGUAGGCCACGUAAAAUGACAGAGCGGGGUCAGCGCAUGCUGAAGCACACAGUUUGCAGACGUCACCAACUGUCUGCAGAGUCAAUAGCUAAAGACUUCCAAACUUCAUGUGGCCUUAAGAUUAGCACAACAACAGUGCGUAGUGAGCUUCAUGGAAUGGGUUUACAUGGCCGAGCAGCUGCAUCCAAG